AGCAUGAAAACAGCAUCAAACAUGACUAAUGGACUAGAGAAAUCUAAGUUGACUAAGACCAAAAUGACAGAUUAGUCGACUAAUCGACUAAGAGGAAGCAGCCCUACUAAAAACAGUUAAUGUCAAGUCCUGAAUGUAUGAAAUGCGUAGAAAAAUACAUUUGAAGGGGUAGCUACAUAGCUAGCCUACCCAAAUAUCAUAUCAUCGUAGGAUAGCACUCUUUAAAAGUGGCUGUUCACGUCAAUUCUACAUGAAUGGACACACAACACACUUUUCCCAUUGCUCCAGCAACCACGCCCGGAAGUUGUAGUAUCCAUGGUAACAAGGUAAGGCGACGCUAAACCGGAGACUAGCCAUUGACAUAGCUGUUCAUUUAAUCCAUCCACCCAUGAGCAGCCGUAUACAGUUACAGCUGUAACCUAGCUAGUUAGCUAGUCCGGUUUAUCCAUAGAGAGUAUAUAAACUGGUCUUAGCACCGCUGAAAGAAGAGUCCAAUGUCCCGAAAAGCGCUGAAAGUGGUGGUUGAACUAAAGUUCAGAGCGGUGUCUUGUCCUGGAGUUCAUCUGCCAGCCAAGGAUGACAUCUACCUCAGCAUGUGCUUCAUGGGCCAGUACCAUCAGUCGGACUGUCUACCUGCCGUCUUUCCUCUGCUCUUUCAUGAGAAAAUGAAAUUUGAGAAGAUUUUCAGGCAUGCAGUUGACCCUGGAGACAUCGCUGUAAUGCUGGAGUAUGAGAUGGUCACAAUUGAACUGGUGCAGCUGAUCCCUCCAGCGGCGGACACUCUGGCCUGCUUUGAAGAAGAUGCUCGGCGUUUCUUAUUCCCAGAGCCCAAACUGGUUCCCUCCUCCUCUGGAGUGGAUCGAGAGGUUCUGAUGACCCGAGCACCUCACUUUCCAGGUAUCGCUCCACGGUUGGAGUUUUCCACCAAAACGACCAUCACUGAGUGCCCUGCUGAUGCUCUGAUCAACAUUUACCCCAAUGUACCUAUGAGGCCAGUGAUGAAGAGGAACAGGAAAGCCUCGAGCAGACCCAGGAGCUCUUCUCCUCAGAGGAAACAACCUCAAACCCUUGGAAGGAGACAAGGCGGCAGGGCGUACAGGGGACGACACGGCGGCACCAGGUCACCAUCAUACAUCUCCAGAUCCCAGUCCCUGUCCCCUGUCAGAGCUGACACACAGCGCCUGGCCCGGCUCAGUCUGGACUCUGGAACUGACUGGGACACAGCUAGCACCUCCCAGCCUAUGCUGCCUUUGUGGCCUGGAGCCAGUCGCUCCGCUGUGUUUACCAAAUCCUCUUCACCUUUGACCAGGUCUUCAUCAACAGUGAGAUAUUCUCCAACUGGCAGAAGCAAAACCUUAUCCAAUGGUUUGGUUGGAGGGUUACCAGAAGACGACUCCAGCUCUUCAGAAACACAUGACCCCCUUGACCACCACCAAGGUCCUGACCCCUCAGGGCUGUGGCGGUCUUAUAGGGAACAGGCCAGGCACAGCAGGUCUCAGUCCAGCUCUCACAGAGAAUGGGAAGAGGUCCAAGAGCGUGUUCGGGGACUCCUUACGACACCAAAAGCUGUACGCCGACUUGCCUAUGGGGCCACACACUCCGAGGUAGACAGGGUUUUAGCCAGGAGGUCCAUCUCUCCAGGUCCACCGUGAUGACCUGGCCAGACUCUGGGAAAGAGACUAUCACCUUGCCAGGUGUCUUCGUGUGUGUGUGUGUGUGUGUGUGUGUGUGUGUGUGUGUGUGUGUGUGUGUGUGUGUGUGUGUGUGUGUGUGAGACAUCUAUACAUCAC